CGGGGUCCGGAUGCGCCUUGCCGCCGUCCCCACGUGUGGCGGGUGAGAGGGGUAGGCGGCGGAGAUGUCGGUGUCAGUGGCUGCCGCGGGCAAUCUGCCCAUGCGGCUGCUCCGCAGAAAGAUCCACAAGCGCAACCUGAAGCUGCGGCAGCGCAACCUGAAGCUGCGGGAGGCCGAGGGUGCAGUGCCUCCGCUAGGCCAGGGACUGCCGCAGAGCCCUCCGGAGGAAGAAGAGGCGGCGGCGGCCCCAGAGGUAGAAGAGGUGACGGCCGGGGCGGCCUCGGAGGAGGUGGAGACUGCGGAGGCUGCCGGCCGCAGCGGCGGGGAGAAAAAGAAAAAAAAGAAGAAAAAGAGGAAAGCGGCAGCCAAUGCAGAGGAUGAUACAGAAACUAAAAAAGCCAAAACUGAAGAAGAUGAAUCUCUGGAGGCAGAAGAUGACCAUAAGCAGGAUUCCAGAGAAAAAGAGGAGGAAGAAGAGGAGGAGGAUGAAGUGCCCAGUUUACCGCUAGGUUUAACAGGUGCUUUUGAAGACAAUUCUUUUACUUCCCUGGCUGGUGUUGUCAGUGAGAACACACUGAAAGGCAUAGAGGACAUGGGUUUUACACACAUGACUGAAAUUCAGCACAAGAGUAUUAAGCCACUUUUGGAAGGGAGGGAUAUUUUAGCAGCUGCGAAAACAGGCAGUGGCAAAACACUUGCGUUUCUUAUUCCUGCAGUAGAGCUCAUCUACAAGUUAAAAUUCAUGCCUAGAAAUGGAACAGGUGUUAUUAUUCUUUCUCCCACUCGAGAGCUUGCAAUGCAAACCUACGGAGUUCUUAAAGAGCUUAUGAAUCAUCAUGUUCACACCUAUGGUCUGAUAAUGGGGGGCAGUAACAGAUCAGCAGAAGCACAGAAACUUGGAAAUGGAAUCAACAUCAUUGUAGCAACACCAGGAAGACUGCUGGAUCAUAUGCAGAACACUCCAGGUUUCAUGUAUAAGAACUUGCAGUGUUUGGUAAUUGAUGAGGCAGAUCGUAUCUUGGAGGUUGGAUUUGAAGAAGAAAUGAAACAGAUCAUAAAACUUCUACCAAAGCGCAGACAGACAAUGCUUUUUUCUGCAACACAAACCAGAAAGGUUGAAGAUCUGGCAAAGAUUUCUCUGAAGAAAGAGCCCCUGUAUGUUGGGGUUGAUGAUAACAAGGAGACAGCAACAGUAGAUGGUCUUGAACAGGGGUAUGUAGUGUGUCCAUCUGAAAAAAGAUUCCUUUUGCUCUUCACAUUCCUCAAGAAGAAUCGGAAGAAGAAACUAAUGGUAUUUUUUUCUUCAUGUAUGUCAGUCAAGUACCACUAUGAGUUACUCAACUAUAUUGAUCUGCCUGUUUUGGCCAUCCACGGCAAGCAGAAACAAACCAAGCGGACUACAACGUUUUUCCAGUUCUGUAAUGCAGAAUCUGGAAUACUGUUGUGUACCGAUGUAGCUGCCAGAGGAUUGGAUAUUCCUGAGGUUGACUGGAUUGUCCAGUAUGACCCUCCAGAUGAUCCAAAAGAGUACAUUCAUCGUGUUGGUAGAACUGCUAGAGGCAUAAACGGUAGAGGACAUGCUCUGCUCAUCUUACGGCCAGAAGAACUGGGCUUUCUUCGUUACCUAAAACAAGCCAGGGUACCACUAAGUGAAUUUGAAUUUUCUUGGUCAAAGAUCUCAGACAUCCAGUCUCAGCUGGAAAAACUGAUUGAGAAGAACUACUUCCUUCACAAGUCAGCCCAGGAAGCAUACAAAGCUUAUAUUAGAGCUUAUGACUCCCAUUCUCUGAAGCAGAUCUAUGAUGUCAAUAACUUGGAUCUUCCCAAAGUCUGCCUUUCAUUUGGUUUUAAAAUUCCUCCAUUUGUUGACCUCAAUGUGCAUAGCAACCAUGGCAGAAGACUACAGAAAAGAGGUGGAGGUGGAGGAUUUGGUUACCAGAAGUCAAAGAGUGUCCACAAAGCUAAAAUCUUCAAACACAUUAACAAGAAAUCAGAUGGUCGACAGUUCUCUCGUUGAUUGGAUGGUCAUUAAAAUGGCUUGUGGCAUUGGAAAAGCCUACCUGGAGCAAAACAUCUGGCAGAUAGUUACUUCCAAUUUAAACUGCUCUUUUUUCUUCAUGUUUAGAGAUCUUUAUGGUUUUGUUUUUUGUGAAUAUCUUUUAUCUUUCAGCUCAGAAAGACUGGAAGGGAGAUGAAAGACAGGAGGAUAUGGCAAAGUAAUUUUGCCAUACUCGCAAGGAAGAAGACAGUUGAAUACAGUUACCUUAACUCAAUACUACAGAGUUUUUAUUAAAGAAAUUUAAAAACCUG